GCUACUGGGAAAACAGACUUGCCAAAGUGCUUGCACGUCGUGAUGACAAGCAACGGCAACGUGUACAUGAACUGGCAAUCACGAGUGAUGUACUCGAGUUACCUCAGACACGCCGCCGAGGACGGGAGCAUCAUGAAGGCGUUUACUCGCAUCUUGCACAAAGGACGGGAAGAUGAGUUGAUGCACGAGAUUCCGACCAUGCGAUUCAAUCCAGUUCAAGCGAAAUGCGACGGAUGGUGUGACUAUCCCGUCGCCGAUCGCUCCAAGGCUGUCGAGCAAUGGUUGGAAACGGCAGACUCGGAGCGAUGCUCGCACGUCGUUAUGGUGGAGACGGAUCACAUCAUCGUGAAAUCACCAUCGCCCGAAAUUUUGAUGCCGCGCGGUCAAGCCAUGGGCUUCAAGUUCGGGUACAUGAACCCGCAACAAUCGAGACUGAAGAAGAUGUAUCCUGAAUAUUUUGCGGAUGGGAAAAAGAUGCCCCCCACAGGCAACGCGCCGUCCGUCGUGAACACGGUCGAUUUGAGGAAAAUUGCACCGCUUUGGGCGCGCUUCGUGAACGAAACUGAAUCUCCGGAGUCAGUUCGUAAAGAGUUAGGUUGGGUGCGCGACAUGUACGCGUACGAUCUCGCCGCAUUAGCCACUGGCAUCGAGCACGAGCUCUCGGAGUGCCCGGAGAGUCUCCUCAUGGCGCAGCCGCCCGCCGACUUCGAGCUCGGUAACGCGUUCAUCCUUCACUACACGUGGGGGUCGGAGAUCUACGACAAAAACGAAGAAUUUAUUUGGAAAUUCGACAAGCGGUCGUAC